AUUCUGUUGCGGAAGUAAAGCGGAAGUGGCGGAAGUCUACUGAUCCUGAACCAUGCUUGAAUGGAGGUGACCUUAGUUAUCAAAUUGUAAAGUAAAGGAACUUGCUGUGGACAUCACGGAUACGUCGGGGCAGUCUAGUCUGGUUUAGAUACUAAACUUUAAAUAUUAGUGGUGUGAGCAGAACGAACUGAGAUGGCAGAGGCACAUCAGGCACGCGUGCAUGUUGCGGUGGAAGAAAUGGUCCAAAGCCUGGAGAGGGACCACAUCCGUGUAAUGCAGGGUCGCAUGUUCAAGUGCAGUGCAGACUGCUGUGAUCGUUCCACGGACUCCAUGUCUGUGGUGCAUCGGUGCAUCGAGAGGUGUCACACUCCGAUGGCCCAAGCUCAGGGCCAGGUCACUUCAGAGCUGGAGAAGUUUCAGGACCGUCUGACCAGAUGCACGAUGCACUGCAAUGACAAGGCGAAGGAUCUUUUUGACUCCGGCGCCAAAGAGCCAGCUGUUCGAUCACUGAUGGACGGCUGUGUGGGAAGUUGUGUGGACGACCACAUAAACCUGAUCCCCAGCAUGACCCGAAGAAUCAAAGAUAAUUUGGACUCUAUACAGCAGUAAGGAAGAGGGAUGGAUGACUUGUCGUCCUUCCUGGAGACUCAGUCUGAGGUCAUUACACAUACAGAAGCACAGGGUCGCUCAACUCGGCCAGUUUGAACAGUAAUAACGGAAGAAUAAAGGGCUGAAAUACCAUGAAAGCAUUGAGAGGGAAGUUUAACAUGGAUUGUGUGAUACAAAAGAGUUUUGACAAGUUCUACUGGCUGUGACUCUGAAUGCUGCUGUUGUGGAGAUUUAAAACUCUUCACUGUGAGAUUUGUUAUCUUACUAUGUGUAAUCUACAAUCCAUAACCUUCCUGGAUACUGGGAACUGAAAGUAUUGUUGUUUGGUGCUGGUUUGGUAAACUGAGUGAUGCAUCUGGUGGCGCAUCAUUGUUUAUGAUCAAGAUGCCAACGCAAACAUGCAUUGAAGAAGAGAAGUGUGUUAAAAUGCCAGUAUAGAGUACACCACACAAUGGUCCUCGUGUGUAUCUAUUCUUGCAUUUUGAAUGCACUUAAUGUUCAACUCUUGUCAGUCAUAUUUGAUUUCUGAAGUUUCUCUCCAGUAUGAGCCUUCUCAUCCCUUUCAUUUUUUUUGUCAUUUCAUUGUUGAGUUGUUCUGUGAUUGUCUGACCUCAUGAUUUAUGUAUCUGUAUUAAAAGCACUGUAGAUGUA